AAAUUAAUCUGUGAACCAUUCGCCUUCGCUCGCCUUUUAUUUACAAUUUUUUGUAAAUUAUUGUUAUUUGUAACUUUCUUCAAAGUAUUUUCAAAUAAGAAUAAAAACAAGCGUGUUGUGGUAUUAUUAAACAAAAAAGUUACGGUGUAAUUUUAUCGGAGUAUUCUUAAUUUUUCAACGAUGGACGAAUCGUCGGCACCAAAGAAGAAAAUGAAGACUUGUGCGCAAGUAGCCACAAACGUGGUGGAGCAGAAACACCAGGUCUCCCGAGCGAAGCGGAGCCGCGCGCUCGGCAGUCGCGCCUUCCGUGGUUCUACGGUCUGGUUCACCGGGCUUUCUGGAGCUGGGAAGACUAGCAUCGCCUUCGCACUUGAGGCUUACCUGGUGUCCAAGGGUAUCCCAGCAUACGGCCUCGACGGCGACAACAUCCGGACAGGCCUGAACAAGAACCUAGGCUUCAGCAAGGAGGACCGAGAAGAGAACAUCAGACGAGUGGCGGAGGUCGCCAAACUGUUCGCCGAUAGCGGGGUCGUCUGCCUUUGCAGCUUCGUCUCGCCUUUUGCUGAGGACAGGGAAGUGGCUCGGCGCAUCCACACGGACAGUGACCUGCCGUUCUUCGAGGUGUUUGUGGACACGCCGCUUGAAGAGUGCGAGCGCCGGGACACCAAGGGACUGUACAAGAAGGCCAGGGAUGGACAGAUUAAGGGUUUCACGGGCAUCACUCAAGAGUACGAGCGACCCGAAGCCCCGGAGCUGGUGGUGAAGACCGUCGCGGCCUCCAUCGAGGAGUCCACCAUGGAGGUCGUCAAACUGCUCGAGUCGCAGGGCAUAAUCCCCAACUUGCAAAGCUCCCGGCUGGGAGUGGAGGAGCUGUUCAUAUACGGGAACCGGCUCGACAGCGCCAUGGACGAGGCGGCGCGCCUGCCGCAGAUCAACAUCACUACACUGGAUCUACAGUGGGUGCAGGUACUUUCAGAAGGAUGGGCGUAUCCACUGAAGGGAUUCAUGAGGGAAAACGAGUAUUUACAAUCGCUACACUUCAACUGUAUAACGACAUCUGACGGUGAAAGAGUGAACCAAUCGGUGCCGAUCGUAUUGCCAGUACAGACUGCUGAAAAGGAAAGGUUACAAGGUGCCGAGGCCAUAGCCCUCACAUACAACGGCAAGAGCGUAGCCAUACUGCGAGCCCCCGAGUUCUACCCGCACAGGAAAGAAGAGAGGUGUUCCAGACAGUUCUCCAUUUACAACACCGGACACCCGUAUAUUAAGAUGAUUGAGGAAUCCGGUGAUUGGCUGGUGGGCGGAAACUUGGAGGUAUUCGAAAGGAUCCGCUGGGAUGACGGCCUCGACUCGUACCGCCUCACCCCCAACGAACUCAGGAAAAAGUUCCAAGAGAUGAACGCUGACGCAGUGUUCGCCUUCCAGCUCCGCAACCCGAUCCACAACGGGCACGCCCUGCUCAUGCAGGACACGCAGCGACAGCUCCUGGCGCGGGGGUACAAGCGACCCGUGCUGCUGUUGCAUCCUCUAGGUGGCUGGACCAAAGACGACGACGUGCCUCUCCCCGUCCGCAUCCGCCAACACCUGGCCGUGCUCAACUCACAGGUGUUGGACGCGCGAGCCACCGUGCUGGCCGUGCUGCCCUCGCCCAUGAUGUACGCGGGGCCCACCGAGGUCCAAUGGCACGCGAAAUGCCGCAUGAACGCCGGCGCCAACCACUACAUAGUGGGGCGCGACCCCGCCGGCCUACCACACCCGGGGGGCUCGGGGGACCUGUUCGACCCCCGCCACGGCGCCAUGUGCCUCAAGAUGGCCCCCGGACUCGACUCACUCGAGAUUAUUCCAUUCCGCGUGGCUGCGUACGACACAUCGGUCGGUAAAAUGGCGUUCUUCGAUCCAACACGCAAAGAAGACUUUGACUUCAUCUCGGGAACUAGAAUGAGAGGUUUGGCUCGUGCCGGAAAGGAGCCUCCGAAAGGAUUCAUGGCGCCGGCCGCAUGGAAAGUACUCGCUGACUAUUAUCAGUCGUUGAAAGCAAAGAUGGAUACUAAUUAACAACAAAUAAGUACUCUCGGAUUAUCAGUCUUUGAAAGCAAAGAUGGAUAAUAACUAAUUAGCUACAAAUAUAUGAGAGUGAUCUGUAAUUUACAGAGAAAAUUGGCAGAUAGACGUUAAAUUAUAGAAAGUUGAAUUCGCGCCUAGUUUUGGCGUUAAUAUAUCAAAAGUUUUCCUAACCUAAGUUAGGUACUAUGUAAUUGUAAAAAUACCCACCUUUUAUGCUUUGUCGCAAAUUCCCUAUCCAUUAAGUACUGAAUGACUAUAGUAUACUCAAACCUCAUCUUUCAUCUUCAUCUGAAACAUAUUUAAUUAAAAGUAGCUUUUUUGCUAUACAGUGGCACCUUCUACACAUUUGAGACACUUUCCAUGAAACUUUCAUUCGUGAAAAAAGCUACUUAUUGAAAUUAAUAAAAAACCUUGUUCAAACAACUCCAUAAUCACAAUUCACACUGUUCCCUUCUUAGAGCUAUUUAGGCACGCAAAUAAUUCAGUAAAAGCUAAUGCAUACUAUAUCUCUCGUAGAUAAUAAAACAGUAAAGAAAAUGGCGGCCGUUACAUAAGAGGGAGUAUACACAUAAAAUUAGAGAGAGAUAGAGCUACAUCGCUCGAGUCCGUACGCCAUUUCAUAUUGUUUCUUUACCUGCGAGCAUAUAACUCCUAAAUAUUAACAUAAUAUAUCAUGUGAAAAUGAACACGGGACCUUUAGAUAAGAUAGAACGGCCAAGUUAUGCCUAAACGUCCACAACUAAUAUAAACUAAUAAUAUAUUAUUAGCUGAAACUUAUUUUAAUAACUUUUCUUUUCCUAAUAUAAGAUAGGUAUGACAUAAUUUUCAAUGGCUCGAAACUCUUAUAGUAUAUAUGAGUAAAAGUAAUGAGUGACUACUGAGAAGGCAAAACUUUAUAAACUGUCUAUAAUUUGUUGUGUAUUAUGUUGUAUCUUCGCUGAAAUAUAAUUUUUUCAGGAAUCAAUUGUGUUAUGCAUAUACAUUCCAAUCUAUUAUUGUAUAUGUAUUAUGUAUUUUUUUGGGAUAGCUUUUAUGUACAAUGUACAGUAUUAAUUUAUAUUCGGACAUAAAUUCCCGAUACUUAACAUUGUAUUUUACUAUUUGGACGGACGAAACCUAAUACAAUAUAAUGUAUUAAACAUUUUAUUUGUAAAUAGGUGUACUUAGUUAUUGUUUGUUAGUUAAGUUUUUAUGAAUAUCUUUAAAUUUUAUACAUAAAUUAUGUUAAAGAAUUUACAUAAUAAUAAUUAUUACAAAUAAAUUGUUGGUAAAUACGACUGUAAAGAUAUGAAGUACCUAGAUGUUAUAAAGAUGUAUUUUAGUUAUAAUUUAUUUGUAUGGUGCUUGAAGCUGUUAUUUUUAUUUUAAAAUAAUAAAUUCUACAAUGAUAUAAAGCUA